AUGGUCUCCAGUUGGGCGCUGGUUAUUUUGCUCGGAUCUCUAAGUUUUUGUCAAACUGCUUACGUGGAAACUUUACCAAAAUGUUCCUUCAGCGACCAAGAAUGCCUCAAAAAUGUAAUUCAAAAUGUAUUGAAAGAUAUCAGCAAAACUGGCAUUAAAGAGCUAAGUAUUCCACCCGUUGAUCCUAUAAAACUGAAAAAUAUACAAGUAUCAGUUCUCGGACUUAUAAACAUUACAUUGGAGGAUGGCGUGGCUAAAGGGAUUAAAGAAUGUGUAAUUGACAAGAUUGAAACAGAGCUUGAUAAAGGACACACACAAAUAGAAGUCACUUGUGAUGUCAUUAUCAAAGGAAAGUAUAAUGCAGUAGGAGCAAGCCCUAUUAUUAAGAAUCUAUUAGGAAAUAACGAAGUUCGUGGUGAUGGAAUUGCUAAAGUGAAAAUUGAUAAACUACAUUUGAAAUUGGAUUUUUACUAUGACUUUAUUAAAAAGGCAGAUGGUGACAUAUACAUUAAAUGCCGCUUUAACAAAACUAUCUACGAGUAUGACAUGGGUAGUAUAAAGAUAUCUGCCGAUAGGAUAUUUUUGGGAGAGCAAGAUUUUAGUGACCUGAUAGUAUCCACUUUAAAUGAAAACUGGAAAUUUGUUAUGCAGACCUUUGGAAAAGAUUUCUUUGACGUGGCUAUGGAUAUAUUCUAUAAAACAAUCCAUAAGUUUUUCGAUAACAUACCUACAAAGUACUUUGUAACUGAUGAUCUUACACCUUAUGUUAAAAACUUAUUAAAA